AUGUCAACUUCAACAUCUCUUUCGCCGUCUCCUGCUCCUACCGUAUCACCCUCUCCCACUUCACCCGCCCAAACGCCGCCAUUUAAUCCCACCACGUUUUCAGCGCAGGCCCCAUAUCCUGAGCCGCCAGACGAGUUUGUCCAGGACCGUGUCAGGUAUGUUAAGCGCGUAAUACUCGCAAAUAAAGGAUAUCACCCGGGUUCGUCUCACAUUUGGAAGUACGGCCUCCAAUACGUCCGAGGCAGUGAUACGAAAGAGGUGUAUUACUGCCACGAAUGUGCGGUUGGAAAGUACAAGCAAGAAUUGUUUGUUAUCAAUGGUACCUCUAGAGUCAGAAAUCAUCUUGAGAAGAAGCAUCGGAUUGACUCCCAGACUGGUAUCAGGAGGAAAUUUUGCACCCAGAAGUCAGUACUCGAUUUACAGAAAGAUGCUGCAGCUUCCAGUACCUUCUUCUGGAAGGACUCGGUUGAGAAGUUCAAAGAACUUUUGAUCCGCUGGAUUGUAUACUGCCACAUUGCUUUCUUUCAACUGGAGAAUCAGUAUUUCCGCGAACUCCUCUUCUUUCUGAAUCCGGCGUUAUGA